ACUGAAUGUUUCAGUGGUCCUAUUACUUCUGUAAACUUUCAAAAACAUGCGGAAGAAACUACUGAGACAUUCCCAUCGAUCCAAACUAAAACGGGGUUUUAUACUAUGUCUGGAAUUCUAGAUUUCCUGCAAUUGGAAUGGUCAAGAAUGCAGUUAGAACGAACACAAUGGGAUGUUGAGAGAGCAGAAUUGCAUGCAAGGAUAGCAUUCCUUCAGGGUAAAUUCAGGGGGCUUGAAUGUCUUCGGAAUGAUUUGAUCCGUCGAAUCAAAAUGUUGGAAUAUGCAUUAAUAAGAGAAAGAAGUAACAAAACUCAAGAUGGGCAAUCCAAAGAAAACGAAGAAAAUAUGAUAAGUGUGCAUUUUUCUAGGUCUGAUUCUGGUACAGACCAUUUAAAAACAAAUGUUGAUAAUGAAUGGCAAAAUGAAAAUAUCCAGCUGAGCAAGUACUUAAUUGACUCAUCUUCAUCUAACGCUUCACACACUUUUGGUAACCCAGCACUGUGUGAUGCUUCUGGCGUCAGUUUGCUAGUCGGUGAUGGUCUCAGUUCAGAAACUAAUGUUCUCCAAGGGUCUCUUAAAUAUGGUGAUUCUGAGUUAAAGGGUUUACAAAAUUCACUGGAACUUCCCAUAGAACAUUGUGGUUUAGAACAAAAUAAACAGUCACAAGAUGGUCCGUUUGACUUCAGUUUGUCUAACAGUUCCAGUUUCGACUACUUAUCACUUACGGAAGAAGGGGAUUUGACAUCAACAAUUGAAUCUCAGUGUAUUACAGACCCAGAAACUGCUGAAGCACUUUUAGAAUUUGAGCAACUUGUUGCGCAAAGUCCAUGUUUGGAUAAAACUCCUUCGAUUGAACAUGUAAAAAAUAAGGAGUCCUUACACAAGGAUUGGGAUAAUUUAAAUGAACACGAACUGUUACAACGUUUCAAAGAACAGUAUCGGGCAGACCGUUCACAUGUCAAAUCUUCACAUCUGUCUCUUCAUUUUCCUCUUAUUUCUAAUGUAAAAUUAAAAGAAGACUUAAAUAUAGAUGAUAAGUUGGAAAUCACUUCAUUACCUAAUGAUUUAAAGGCUCAACAUUCUAGUUAUAGUAGUAACGAUAAUAGUGACCAACCGAUAAAUUUCGAUGCAGUUGAAGAUGAAUUGGAUAAUAUACUACCGAACUUUGAUAUGUUAAUCAAUCAAAAACAUCAACACCGUCACCAACAACGAAAUGUACCAAAAAAUGAAAUUUUACACAAUUCUAGUAUUACUACUACUAAUACUACUGCUACAACCACUACCACUACAAAUAUACUAUCAAAUCAAUUAAAUUCAACAAAUGAAUCAACUUUAAGACUAGAAGAUUUAGCAAAUCUUUCUACAAUGUCAAAAAGUGAAUUCAAUUCUAAACAAGCACAUGCAGUUGCUUUAGCAAUGGAUAAUUUGGAUGGAAUGAGUGAAUGUCUUAUUAAUAGAUCAUUAAAUGAGAAAAUUAAUCGAUCCACACCAACACAAAAUCCUACAACAUGGACAGCAAAAUAUACACUACGUAGUCAUUUUGAUGCUAUUCGUGAUAUUUGUUUUCAUCCAAGUGAAUCAGUUUUAGUUACAUGCAGUGAAGAUCAUACUUUAAAAUUAUGGAAUUUGAAUAAGACUAUUCAAACGAAGAAAUCUUCAAUGUUUGAUGUUGAACCGAUAUAUACAUUUCGUGGGCAUAAUUCACCAGUUUUAUCAGUGGCAAUGGUUCCUAGUCUAUUGAAAGUAGAUAAUUCAUGUCAAUCAGGACUGAUGAUUUCACCGAUCUAUAUAUAUUCUGGGGACUUAUCAGGUCGCAUACGUAGUUGGUGUGUAUCCAAUCUACAAUUAGAUCCUUAUGAUACUUUCGAUACAACAAUGAUGGGUCCCAUCUUUGAAGGUCAUACUGACGCGGUUUGGUCAUUAUGUUCACGUUACGACGGCUUACUGCUUUCAGCUUCCUCUGAUGGUACUUCUCGUCUAUGGCAUUUACGUCAAAAUUCAUUUGUCAGUUCUGACGUAUAUUAUAUUAGUAACAUGCUUAAUAAGUGUGAGAACAUAUCUCAACAAUAUUCAGUUCCCACUUCAGCUACAUUUUUAUGUACUAACCUAGCCCAAUUCGCUGCUGGCUUCAAUUCAGGUCAUGUAUGUUUAUUCAAUUUGGAGACACAUCAAAUUGUUAGAAAUUUUCACAUUAAUAAAACAGAUGUCAGUGAUACUUCUCAGGACGCAAAUGUAUACUCUGUAAAUUCUGUCAUCUCUCAUCCUCAUCUCUCAUUAAUAAUCAGUGCCCAUGAUGAUCGUCAAAUUCGAUUUUGGGAUUCGUUAAGUGGCAAAUGUGUUCAUUCAUUGACUGCUCAUUUGGAUUCAGUCACAACACUCAGUUUAAAUUCAAAAGGAACAUUAUUACUGUCAGCAAGUAAGAAUAAUCUCAUCAUUUUUGUUUAUCUGUUUUUGUGAAAAAUAAUGAUAUCUCAUACUUUAAAUAAAUUUUUUGAAGCUUCAAUAUACAGGUUCGUUUAGUUGCCAACUAUAGAUAAUUUAUAUAUCACACUAAGUAAUAUUAUUGAUACUACUAUCUAGACAGAAAUUUGUGAAGUAAAUUUUCACUUCAAUUUAAUAUAAUAAUAAUUGUGUCCAUUAACAACUGCUGAGCAUCGAUCCUAUCAAUUCUUACAUGAAUAAACUGAACUGAUCUUAAUAUCUCCUCUGAACACUAAUUAGCUUAUUAAUCAGUCUGGAAUUCAACAUAAUAAUGCUUUUAAUUUAAUAUAAUACUAUUUACAACUAUAAACAAAUGUCAGAUGAUGAUUAGUAGUGUUGUACUAUGUUUCUAUUUGAUUGACUUCAUGGAUAGCUUGAGCGCUAACCUCGUAAUUGUCUAUUAUAUUUAUUUAAUUAACUGAUAAAAUGAAUGUCAGUUGAUUAAUCUUUUGUAAUAAAGCUUCCUAUUAUAUCCAUUUGAUUUCUUAUUUCAUUGACACCAUAUGUUCACAACAUUGACAAUGAAAUUCAUUUUCAUCAUUAUUCAUAAAUUUUCGUAACCUUAUUUUAUGAUAGUUGGCACACGUCUUGUCAAUUCAUAUGUUAUUCUCAGGACCAAAUUUCAAAAUUGCCUCUUGUUUACGUGGACUGUAAUCGUCUCCCACCAUAUAUUUUUUGUUUCACUCUACGAUGGAUGAACUUCAGUUGUUUCGACUUUGUCAAAUUAAUGUUCUAAGGGUUUAUUUUUACUUGAUUUAAAGAUCAAAUCAGGACAUUUGUACAAAUAAGUAUAAAUAUAUGUAAUAUGUAACUCAUUUUUCAAGUAUUUGUCUGUCCAGACUAAAAUAGAUGAAACGAGUUUUGAACUGGCGGCUUGGUGUUUAUGAACCUUAUACGUAUCUUUUAUUCAACUAGAUAAAACGUCUCAGAACCUAGUAGCAAAUUCACUUUAUUUCAUUCGAUAAUGUCAAAAAUACUGAUCUAAUUUUCCAAUUUGAAAAGAGGUUCAUAAGAUAACAUCGUUUUCAAAAUCUGUUCUUGUUAAUUUUGAAUGUUAAUGUUUUCCACUGAAAUAUCUCUACGACUGUUUUCAGCAUAUCACCUAUAUGUUAUGGUAUUUGUUAAUAUGGUACACUUUUAUCUGUGUCUACCUACAGUCAAAUAAUGGCUUAUUUCUGACAAUGUUUACAUAAACAUGUUGGUAAAGAGAAAAAAACAAACAAUGAAGUUAAACUUUUCAUAUGUUGAUACUGGUUUCAAUGUUGAACUGAUUGAAUAGUUAGUUUUAAAUUACAGUUAAUUUUAGUUUCAUUAAAACUUAGAUUUUAGUUAUACAAGAUCACAUAUCUAGAUUUUAUUAGAAAUAUGAUUAGUUACACACAAAUUUGAUUUCGUUAAUUAAAAAAAAACUCUCAAGUUAAUUUAUCAUAUUUUUCUUAAAUAUAUAAACCAGAAUAUAUUACAAUAUUCCAUAACAUUUUUCAAGGUCAUGACUGUUCCAUACGAAUAUGGGAUAUCAAUACAAAAUUGUGUAUUCAAGAAAUUACAGGUCAUAGGAAAAAAUUCGGUGAAGCUAUCAAUGCAGUUGCAUUUCAUCCAACACAACAUUUUAUGGCUAGUGCUGGAUCUGAUGCAUUGGCCAAAGUAUAUGUUUAAAAACUUAAGAAGAGGAAAAAUGAAGGAGAGUGAAUGUGGUUAUAAUCAGUACAAUUAAUGUUCGCUGAUAUUUUAACCAUCAAUUGUAUAUACCUACAUUCUUUUUGUGUACAUUUUUAUUAUUAGUAGUAAAAUAUUCUGUUUAAUUAUUAUUUAUUCCAUGUUUAUUGACGUGAAUUUUUCUUUACCGUAAUGUGAUCAAUUAUUUAACACAAUCCUUUUUUUAUUAUUUUUGCUUAUCAUCUUCAUCCCAAUCUGUUAUUUAAUACUACAAACUAAUCUUGUCACAUAUAUUAUAUCGAAUUAAUUGAUGACUGUUCUUUUACGUCAAUUAUCUAUAACAUUUGCUACCUACUUACCGGUGGUUGAGUUUAAGUACGCAUUAUCUUUUAUAUACUGAACAGGCUAGCUACCUAACUUUUUAUUUCAACCAAUAUGUACAAUAUUUUGUUUCUGUAGUAUUUUUAUCAUUUAACUUUAAAGUUAUUAUUUUAAUAAAAUGCUCACUGCAC